AUGAAGAUGACAGUAAACCGUAUAAGGGUGGUGGUGCUAGGCAGCCCUCGGAGUGGCAAAUCCGCGGUCGUGGUGCGGUACCUCACGAAAAGAUAUAUCGGUGAAUACAGCUCUACUGGCGAUUUCCUAUAUCAGCACAGAGUUGCGUUCGACGGUGCAGUUUCUGAGGUGGAAAUACUAGAUACAUCUAAUUGCGCUUUGCGCGGUUGUCUUGCUGAGCACGUACGUUGGGGAGAUGCGUUCGCGGUUGUUUAUUCUGUCUGCGAGCGACGCUCGUUCUUGGCUGCAGCGGAAUUGCUGUCGUUACUGGAGAGGACUAGGCUACCGGGAUGCGCAGCCAUCACCCUCUUGGGGAACAAAAGAGACCUCGAGCACGCAAGGGAGGUCCAUGCAGAAGAGGGUCAGGAGCUAUCAUUGAGGUUUGGGUGCCAGUUCUACGAGGUGUCGGCGGCGGAGUCGUGCGCUGGCGCCGCGCUCGCUUUCCACGCGCUACUGCGGGAAGCACGAGCACUCGCACUGCUGCUGCCCGCGCCGAGACGCAAGCUGGCUGCUUACUCUGUUUCCAAGGUCAUCGGCACAAUAUUCGGGAAAAACAGCAAGAGCGUGCGAAAGAAAAGACCGUCACUGAGCAUUUAAAUAUAGUUAAUUUAUGUUUAUAUCCUUAA